AUGGAAAGAGAGGAAAUAGUCGAAUCUCCGCGCAAGCGGCUGAAAGUCGACAAUGUCCAAAGCGAGGACAAUGACACCGUCGUCGCCGAAGUUCCCGUCGAUAGCUCAAGCACGCCAAACACCCAAGCUACGAAGGAAGUCGAUGUUGGGAUUACAGAGUUUGUCAGUGCAGAUAUUCCUGGAUUCGAGGGUGUGCUUAAGAAACGAUACACGGACUUUUUGGUGAACGAGAUUCUCCCGUCUGGCGAGGUGCUUCAUUUGCAGAACCUGAAGGUGCCCGCGUCACUUCAAUCGCGACCCGAGAAAGAUGCGCCUGAAAAGAAACCCGAGGAAAUAGCCACGCCUAUAACCAAGGACACCACUGUAACAAAGCCUGAAUUUACACUGUCGGACGAAGAUCGCACACAACUCGACGAAUUGUUCGGUGCGGCCGCCGCUGCAAAAAUCAUCGAUUUACAUGCGCGCGUCCUUGCUUCACCGAAGGAGCCACCCAAAAAAUUCGGCCAGGUUGAAGCUGGUGUAGUUGAAGAAAAAGAUGUGCGAACUAAGAUGCACAUGACGCUACGACGUAUUUUCAAUUCUAUGUUGGAAUCGAGGACAGAUGCAGCGAAUAUGAUGAUUGUCAGUGCAGCGCCGAACAGACACCAGAAAUCUGCUAGAGGUUUUCGAGGCGAACCGACCCAAAGACCCGCAAAAUCGGGUUGGGAAGAGCGAGGUGGGCAGUUUUUGCAUUUUACAAUUUACAAAGAGAACAAAGAUACCAUGGAAGUUAUUUCCUUUCUCGCGCGGUCGUUGAAGAUGAAUGGCAAGGGCUUUCAAUUCGCCGGGACGAAAGAUCGUCGUGGUGUGACUGUGCAGAGAGCUUGCGUUUUUAAAGUUGUGGCCGAACGUCUUGCUGGAAUCAAUAAAACGCUUCGAAACGCGGCCGUGGGUGAUUUUGAAUACAAGACACAUGGGAUGGAUCUUGGAGAUUUGGAGGGUAACGAAUUCGUCAUUACUCUCCGAGAUUGCCAAUUCCUGGAUAGCGCGGGUCAGGCGAAACCCGUGUCCGUGAGUGAAGCAAAAGAGCUUGUUGGCCAAGCCAUGUACAACCUGCGAGAACGCGGCUACUUGAAUUAUUAUGGUAUGCAGAGAUUCGGCACCUUCGCAAUCGGGACGCACGAGAUAGGCAUCAAGAUGCUUCAGGGUGAUUUCAAGGGAGCUGUGGAUCUCCUAUUGCACUUCUCGCCGCAAACUCUGGCAGCAGCACAAAACACAGACGGCGACAACGAAGGACCAUUGAUUUCAUCAGACGACAAAGCUCGAGCGGAAGCAAUCCAUAUCUUCCGCACAACCAACAAUGUCAACAAUGCACUUGACAAAAUGCCGAGGAAAUUCUCGGCGGAGUCGAGUAUUAUUCGUUUUCUUGGGCGCGGUAAUAACGAUUAUUUUGGGGCUUUGCAAUCUAUUCCACGUAAUUUGAGGUUGAUGUACGUACAUGCGUAUCAGUCACUCAUCUGGAACCUUGCUGCCGGCGAACGCUGGCGUCUGUACGGCGACAAGGUUGUCGAGGGCGAUCUGAUCAUCACCAACCAGGAAAAAUCGCAGGCUACUGCAGCGGAUGACGUUGCGGUCGACGCCGACGGAGAAGUUGUCGUCGUAGCCCAAGCGCAGGAUCGAUCUCACGCCGUCGACGACGUCUUCAUCCGUGCCCGCCCACUUACAGCCGAAGAAGCCGCAAGCGGGAAAUACACAAUCUUCGACAUCGUGCUCCCUCUUCCAGGCUAUGAUGUCGUGUACCCCGCAAACCAGAUGACGGAAUUCUACAAGACGCUAAUGGCUAGUGAGCGUGGCGGCGGACUGGAUCCGUUCGAUAUGCGUCGUAAAUGGAAGGAUGUUAGUCUGAGUGGUAGCUAUCGCAAGUUACUUAGCAGACCUGGCCCUGAGUACUCGUUUGACGUCAGGGCUUAUACGGAUGAUGAUGAGCAGUUUGUGGGUACGGAUUUGGAUAGAUUGAGGGGGAUGGAUAAGACGAAAAAGGACGAAGUGGCGGAUGACUCGACGCAGACUGCCGAUGCAAAGAUUGCGGUUGUGUUGAAGUUCCAAUUGGGAUCAAGCCAAUAUGCGACGAUGGCGUUGAGGGAAUUGAUGAAGUUGGGCGGGGUGAAGGAAUACAAGCCAGAUUUUGGCAGUGGGAGGUAA